UGGGUCGCUAACCACUCUGUGUUUGUGCAACACCCACACAAACGGUUGGAAGAAGUCAGCAGCGUCCGAAGGGAAAUGUCAACUAUACUUUUCCCCAUGGAUGCUGGCUUGCCUGCUGAGUUCCAGCAUUUUGUGUGCGAUGUAUGGCUCGCUGUUGGUGACGUAUUCCACCCGGAAUCCCCAUCUUCAAGCUCCGCCCCGCGCCCUGGUCACGUGGGCCCCGUCGCUGGUCACGUGUCCCCGCUCAGUGUCGGGCCGCGGCCUGGGGCUCGGCUUUGCUCGCAGUCUGGAGAUGGGUGUGAGUUUGCUGCGGCCGCUGAGCGAGGCGCAGCUGAAGCGACUGGAGGAGCACAAGUACCGCGCGUCAGGCCGCUCGCUUCUGGAGCCGCCGCUGCAGGUGUUCUGGGGAUGGCUGCUGGAGCUGGUUCCCACCUGGAUGGCACCCAACACCAUCACCCUGCUCGGGCUUGCCACCAACGUUCUGAGCACCCUGCUGCUGGUCUACUACUGCCCCAGCGCCACUGAGCAGGCACCAUCUUACGUGUACGUAUUGUGUGGUCUGGGAUUAUUUAUCUAUCAGUCCUUGGAUGCCAUUGAUGGAAAGCAGGCCAGAAGAACCAACAGCAGCUCUCCCCUUGGGGAGCUGUUCGACCAUGGAUGUGAUUCCUUUUCUACAGUUGUGUUGGGCUUGGGCUCCUGCCUGGCUGUUCGUUUGGGAACGGAUUCAGAACUCAUGUUCUGCUGCUGCUUCACUGGCUUGUUUCUAUUCUACUGUGCUCACUGGCAAACCUACGUCUCAGGGUCACUGCGAUUUGCAAAAAUUGAUGUAACUGAAGUUCAAAUCUGCAUAAUGCUCAUCUUUUUCUUGUCUGCCAUUGGAGGAGCCACACUUUGGGACAAUGAGAUCCCAGUAUUAGGAAUAAGGAUGAAAAUUAUUCCAGUGCUUGGGAUAAUGCUGGGAGCAAUCUACUCGUGCACCAAUUACUUUCGGGUCAUCUUUACUGGCGGGACAGGGAAAAAUGGCUCCACGAUCGCGGGCACCAGCGUUUUGUCACCAGCCAUGCACAUCGGCCUGGUUAUAAUCCUGGCGGCAAUGAUCUACAAGAAAUCCACCACACAUUUGUUUGAGGAACAUCCGUGUCUCUAUGUUUUAGCAUUCGGAUGCGUGACUUCAAAAGUCACAAACAAGUUAGUGGUGGCACACAUGACGAGAAGCAAGAUGAAACUACAAGACACAGCAUUCAUAGGGCCCGGCCUGCUAUUCUUCAAUCAGUACUUCGAUAGCUUUAUUAAUGAAUAUAUCGUACUGUGGAUAGCAAUGAUCCUCUCUCUGUGUGACCUGCUGACGUACUGCACAUUCGUCUGCACGCAGAUCGCCUCCCACCUCCACAUCCAGGUCUUCCACAUAUCACCACACGCUCCAGAACAUGUGCCGAGUCACCACAAGUGACAAUUUGCCCAGCUGGAGGAAGGAGAGUCGCAGGAAGAACUCCUGAGUGAAAGCGAACCUGGAUCACAGACCAAACCCGCGUCUCCGAACCCGGAUCUCACGCACCAAACCCGCGUCUCCGAACCCGGAUCUCACCCACCAAACCCGCGUCUCCGAACCUGGAUCUCGCGCACCAACCCACGUCUCCAUAUUAAUUCUACCUUCUGUAAUUAUGACUUAAAUGAGUUGAAUAUUUUGGUAAUGAAUGGGAGAGAUCUGUUUAACCUGCCCACCCACCCAUCAGUGCUGCAAGAAUCUAUGGAAAAUAUCAUUAACCCAGCUCAGGAAUCGUUGCAUCUGAACCACUCACGUUUAUACGCGAGGCCCUUCUCUGAGGUUCUCAGGGAGGCCCUCCCAUUAGCAACCGUAUUUUAAAUUUAAGCUUUGAAAGCAGAUUGCAUAGAGUUAAGAUCUGUUUCCAUGUCAUUAGAGCCCAAUCCAUGCAGGCCAACCAAGAUUCUACCAACCACACCCUUUGUUUCUACCAAAUGCUUUUUAAACAUUGUAAUUGUCCCCGCCUCUACCACUUCCUUGGGUACCUCAUUCCAUACACCCACCACCUGGUAUGGGAAAAGUUGCCCUGUCAGGUCUCCUUUAAAUCUCCCUUUCUCUCCAUAAUCCUAUGCUCUCUAAUGUGAGACUCUGUGGGGAAAAAGUCUGAUCUACCCUACCAAUGCCCCUAUACUUCUGAUGAAAGGUUUGAAAUCUCCUUCCUCAGAUGCUGCAUCACUUGCUAACUUCAAUAUUUUCUGAUAUAUUCCAUCCAAAUUACAGCUUCCUCUUCAUAAGCUGACUACAAACUCUUCAAAUUCAUUUCUUUAACCACCCUCGUAACUCCUUCCUUACACAAGCGUUAUCUUUCAUGUACCAGGAAAUUCAGAAUGUGUAAGGAAUACUGUUGUCCUGCUCCUUCACUUGAGUUAGAAGGCUUUGUCUUACGUUUACUGAAACAGACUGGAGCAAUACUGGAAUGGUGGAGCAGACUCAGUGGGCCAAACAGCCUAAUUCUGCUCCUGUAUUUUACAACUUAACACAGAGAAGGUACUGGAGGAACUCUGCAGGCCAGAGAACAAAAAUGACUGAUGCCAAAUUUGCAUAUGCCUUCAACCUUCCCAAGUGUUUGGAGUGUCACAGUACACGAAUACUGUAAAUUUGAGGUGAGGGCAGAACUCACUGAGUUUGUACCAUCCAGCCCCACAGUGAGCUAAAACUUAAGGCCCAGUGACUGUCUCAUGUUGGCAGGGAGACCAGUCAACAUUCCUAGGCAGAUCUCUGAACUGGAGCCAGUUUAUCCACCACUAGUUAAUGUCCUGUGGAAUGAUAAAAGCACGAGGGUGAUACCGAGAGUCAGCAGGUCUCUUCUGAAGGGAAGCUUGUGUUUACACACCUACCUGGUUCAAGGCUGGAACUGGUUUGAAAAUAAAUCUAUUGUUAGAAUUUCUUUAUUUGAUUCAAAAUAAUUCAUUCGUACAUCUCUCCUACCAUUCCAUAUAAAACCAUAAUAUGUAGUAGAAAAAUUGGGCCAUUUUACCAUAAAAUCGGCUCUGCUGAUCCACUUUCCCUCUCAGCCCUAGUGUCCUACUUUCUCCCCGUAUCCCUUCUCGCCCCGACUAAUCAAGAAUCCACAAAUCUCUGCCUUAAACAUACAUAAAGACUUAGCCUCCGCAGCUGCCUUUGGCAAUGAAUUCCACAGAUACACCACUCUGGCUAAAGAAAUUCAUCAUCUCAAUUCUAAAAGGACAUCCCUCUGUUCUGAGGCUGUAUCCUCUGGUCUUGUACUCUCCCACUAUAGUGGACUCUUCUUCACUUAUAUUCUAUCAAUGCCUUUAUAAAUUUUACUCUUGACAGUUUUAGAACUUCAUGUUGGUUAUGAGUAUUAAACUUGCCUCGAUUCACUGAAGAAAGGUCCAGACCCUUUGAGCUGGGAGAGUGCCUACAGUGAAAACAUUGGUUCCUUACACGUUAAACUUCUUCACACAUUUCGUGAUUCAAACGCCAUCUCUAAAAUUUGUGCAACGUUAAACCUUUUCCUACAAAUCCUGAUUUGAGUUCCAACAACCUGUCCUGAUCACUGAUUGAUCAAAUAUCAUGGACAUGUUAGGGAGCUGGGUAUCUGCUGAUUGUUUUCAGAUCAAGCAGAUAGUCUGAAGUUUGGAUGAUCACAAGUUUAAAUGGUUGUUCCAUGUUAUUCGCGGGUCAGCCAUGUAGUCUAUCCAUUCCUUUUUGGAUGUUAACUGAAAUCCUGAAUUUUCAAGUGUGACUGCACAGUGGGAGCACCUUCACUACAUGGAUUAUAUUGGUUGAAGACUACCAAAAACAUCUCAAAGGGGAUCAGGGAUUAAAUUCUGACAAUGUACAUAUCUUGGGAACAUAGCUUUAAGCUACCAAAAGAAGUUAAUUGUGGAAGAGAUUUGUAUUAAAAUCAAGUGAGUGAUUCGCUAACUGGGAACAAGGUGCUGUCUCACCAGAAUAUUGCUUGUGAUGCUGCUUUUCAUUGUUCGGUGCAGGCUUUGUAGUAGAGUUGUUAGGAUCACCAGUUAGAUGCAGCGUUGCUCUGAAUGUUUUAUUGUGGACUUGUCUCAGGACAUGGUGUUUAUGCUGCAGUUUUGUGCCCUCAUGGUGGGAAAUGUAUCAUUUAGUUCAACACUAAACGUUUGUUCUUUCUACCUUUGUAAUUAAACUAAAAAUCAAACCUGA